AUGCAGCAAGCCUUGCCACCCGACCCAGUCUCGCCGGCGGGGCUGUCGCCGGCGUCAUCAACUGCCGCAUCGGCCGCGCCGGCGGGCACCAGCACCGACGCAUCAUCGCCAUGGUCGCCGCUGGCAGACUCGAGACUCUCCAGCAGAGUGAGGAUGUGGAGCGAGACCGAGUUGGCCCCGUAUAGAAGCUCGCGCCAGGCGCCAGUUGCCUCGCGCUCGCCGCCUGAUGUCAGCCGCGCGAGGCGAUCAGCCAAGUCUGCUGCGCUCGUCACCACCUUGGACGCCAGCGGCUGGAUCCGAGCUGCGAGCGCCUCACCCGAAUCACCCGAGUCGGAGAUGCGACGGGCGGUCGCGGUGGCGAUCGACUUGAGCACAUCGGCUGCCGACACGAGGCCCUGGCACGCCUCGCGAGUCGGAGCGAGCUCGAUCCGCGCCUCAGCCGCCAGGUCCGCCUGCUUGACAAGGACCUCGAGGAGCUCGGCGAGGUCGUCCUCAAUCUUCGCCAGCCGCCGCGAGUAA